CAAUGUUUUUUUUUGUGAUUAUUCGCUUUUUACUCCUCAUUCUGGGUUGUGUUGAUAAUUCGGAACACUUUCCAUCGUCCGUUGUUCGCUGUUAGUUUCCGCUGUUGCUGUGCGUAGAGCAAUAGAAGUUUGUAACUUGAUAAAAAGCCACACGGCAAAAGAAAAGCAAAAAUGUGUAGAUUUGUAUGCUAGUGAAUCUGUACAUCUAGACAAAUUGAACUUUUUUUAAACCCUGGUGUUAGUGUAGGAAGCAGCUGUAAGGGAUGGUGCAUGCCCCGAGUUGCGAAGGGAUUGCUGCUGAAUAGAUUAAUCUGUGCGGAUAUUUUUCCAAUUAAAGCCAAUCGUUGCAAGUGCAGCUGUGUUGUUUGCCGAGUGUAGUAUCAUUUCCGCAACGAUACGUAGUCGUCGUCCCGUUUCGAAGUGCGUAGGAUGUUGGUGAGGAAACCUUGCCACAUCCCACAGAGUUAAAGCGAUUGCAUGGUGUGAGGAUGUGAAAAGUUGCUCAACAGUGUUUCGUUUCGUAAAAAAGGCAAAAAACCGGUACUCCUGUUUGGCGGCGGCCUCCUACAGGAAUCCGACACCGACACCAACGGAUAACAAACCAUCAAGUUCGAGAAGGAAAGAAAAAAACUUAACCGACACGUAAUGAACACCAUCGCAUUAAACUUGUUAACAAUGGUGUGCUAGGGCCUACGCUAAUAGGGUUUAAGUUUGGAACUGGAAGCGGAUGUUGACCUAUGUCCGUCUACUAGACGAAAGGCCAGAAUCUCAUCGCCGGAACAGCACCGCAUAUUUUCAGCAAAUAUCAGUGGCCGCUAGCAGAUAGAAUGCACUUUUCGAUACCCAGCACGCAAGAGUUCGUAUCCGAUGGAAGCGGAUCAUCGUACACGGGCUUCAACAUUCACAUUAAUGGCAGUUUUCACUGUUGCCUUCGAUACAAACAGCUGCACAGUCUGCAUGAACAGCUUAAACGGUCUCUGCCGUCGAUCGCACUGCCCAGCUUUCCUCCAAAGAAAUUGCUCUCUCUUACACCGAACCAAAUCGAGCAGAGACGUCUGAGCUUAGAGCGUUACAUACAGCUAGUGGGCCAGGAUCCGGUACUGUGCCGUUCGGAGUUGUUGCGUGCGUUUCUGUUGAAUGCCCAGCAGGAGUCUUCAUUUACCGAAUGUAGCGAGGUAACGCUGGACGUUUACCUUAUGAAUGGCUACCGAAUAUCGGCCAACGUGUACACAACCGACUGCACGAGCAAGGUGCUGGAAAAAGCAUGCGCAUUGAUCGAUCUACCGAAGGAACGUGCUUGCUACUUUGCGCUUUACCUGAUGCGCAAGGAGGCAAACGGCGAGCUGACGAUCGUGAAACGAUUGAUGGACUUCGAAGCACCGUACAUCUCAGCGAAACGUUGGGAUGAAUGCAAGUUGGUGCUACGCACCGGGUACUGGGAUCCGUGCUACGAUGUGGAGCAGAUGCGUGACCGGAUCGCACUCAACCUGCUCUACAUCCAAGCGCUCAGCGAUGUCGAACGCGGUUGGAUUGUGACGUCGCGCGAUCUUAGCGAGCAGCUUACAAACAUGCAGGCGCGAGGCAGCAAGAGCGAGUAUCUGGACGUCGUCCGGAAACUACCGCUGUACGGAUGUCUUCAGUUUCCACGCGCCAAUGUGGACUUUCCCGAACCGAAUACGGUUGCGACGGUGGUGCUUGGAAACAAGGAACUCAACUUGCUGACGUACGUGGGCAAAGAGAUGCAGGAAACCAAAUUCAAAGUCACGCGCAUUCGGUGCUGGCGUGUAACUCCUAUUCAUAUUAAUGAAGAGCAAUCCUCAACCGUCAAUGGUCGCAUGCAACAAUCAUCCCAACAGUCACCAUCACAAACGUCCACGAUCAGUUUGGAGCUUUCUUUCGAGUACUUGAUGGCGAAGAACCAGCUCAAGUGGAUCACUAUCUAUAGCGAACAGUCGAUGCUUAUGUCCGUGUGCCUUCAGUCGAUCGUCGAUGAGCUACUCAAUCAGAAGAACGGAUCCGAUCCGGCUCAUUUGCAAAAUCCACAGCACGUAGAUUAUGCGCCACUCUCCUACAUUCGACGAGAUGGAUCGAACCAUUGCAUUACCGAUUCUUGUUCAACCGAUACUCUUUGCAAUCUAGUUAAUAACGAUAAUAGUAGCAACAACGGAACAUCGAACCAGGCGACGCAACAACAACACUCCACAAACAACGGGUCUUCCUUUAUUCGACGCAAGCUGAAGGAGUUCAAUACGACAGUACGCUUCAAAAAUGGGAAAGAUUCGGUGCAGAACGAAGCAUUCGAGUGGAUAGGUGACGACGAUCUUUAGAAGCAUCAUACAGAUACAUAAAUAAUGUAACUUUUUGAUAACGAAUUUACUCUCCGAAUUUUCCGGGAUGUCGGUUGCAUUAAAAACUGAUUGAUUUGCCGAUACUUGUUUAAACCUCAUCCUUCUUUUUUGUUACUUGUGCUUUUGUAAUAUAUAAUACGGUAGGUUUAACGACGGAAAGACAGGAUCAUGUCGUUUACUCCUCUUCGUGUCACAUCUUCCCUGUUUAGUUUUCUGUUCAGUUAUAUAAAUGCGGUAACACCGGUGGCCACUGAAAUACAUACCGGCACUAUAGUGUGAUGCCCUACAGAGUAGAAGUAGUGUUUUCCAUGUCACAGGGAAAGUUUAACAGACCGUUCAGAGGAACUUGUAAUAAACAUUUACACAAGGGCUACAUAUAUGUUUAGCCUAAGCUUUCUACGAAUUUCUCAUCAUCAAUCAAUUCUAGAUUUGCACGUUAGUUUGCUCUAGGACGUGAACCGAGAGAAGAGAUAAUUAAAAUGUCCAAAAUCGUAUUUUGUAUCAGUGUAGCCAUAUAGCUGGUUUAGUAUAUAGUCGAUCCACUACUGAAGAUGCGUAAUAAAAGGCAACCAGGAAUGGCAGAAUGAUGCUUGGUAGAUAUGCGAUUAUAAAGUGUGUAAAUUUAUAUUUCAUUUGUGAAGAAUUUCUCUUAGCCAUGGUCCGGCGCGCCCGUAGGGAUCUACCGGUAUAAAAAUUGAAUUUCUAAAAAAUGUG